ACAUUUUAUUAAAUGUGAAUGGGAUCUUAUGAUCCCGAAAAAAGAAAUUUGAAUAAAUUAAGUUAAAUCAUAUAUAGGGGAAUUGUAUUUAUAGAAAAAGACAGAUAAGUUUUGCAAGAGGGGUUCACACUCUUAUCUCUCCCGACCGGCAUGACUGUUAGAUAUCUAUUGUACUCAAGUCCACGAACGGUACGAUCUUUGUUGCACUUGUGCAGUAAAUGGAAACUUUGGCCGAGUUUUUCUUUUAAACAAACGAAUAUUAUCAAACAAUUCGCUAGAUUAGACAAUAGUGUAUCAGUGUGCAGUCUGUAGUUUGUAAGAGAUUUUGUUUCUGAAAAAAACUCCGCCUGAAAUAUUUGAUAACCUCUGUUAAAAUCUAAGCUGUUACUAAGACUUACCCAAAUGUUCAAGGCUGGUCCGCACCUAAGUACAGCCUAACCUAAAAAAAUAGAAUUUGUCUGCUAGUGACAUCUACUUCAACUUCGUGAUAUUGUUCAAAUUGUUGUAAGAUGGAAUUUCCAAUUGUUCUUCUUGGAAAUCACAGCAGCUGAAUGUCGCAGUCUUGAAAAAAUUUCAUAACCUCUCUAUUGUUAAUAAUUUGACUAAGAGGUUGUUAAUUAAUUAAUUAAAUAAAGUCAGUGCAUUGUAAUUUUAAAAAAUAUAUAUGAUGUAUGAAGAAAUGAAUAAUUCUGACGACGAGUCACCGCUGAAGAAGAAAAAAGUUCAUCAAGAUUCUGAUACCGACUAUUAUAGACAUUUAAAUGUUUACUCAAUUAACAGACAAUCACAAUCGCGUUACUUUGGCUACAAAUUAUAUUUUGAUGAAGAAGAUGUUGAUUUCGACUCCCCGUCUUUGCUGGUUAAAAAAAUUGAAGCUUCAAUAAAUUUCAUGCAUAGAAACUCAGAUAUAUACGAUAAAAAUUCGACAAAUCAGUCGGGAUUAUUUAGUGUAAGCGUUGAUCGUUUUUACGAAGACGAAAAAUUCAUCAGCGAGUGGGUGGAUUUUAAACAGGACUUGGAAAAUUGUCCUGAGGAGACAUUAAAUUGUUUAGGAUUAGCUCUGUACCAAUGCGUAGCACAGCAGGAACUCAGUAAUGACACAAUUACUCAUAUAAGCAUACCAAAAUUAAAACUGAAAGUGUUUGAUUACAAACCGACUUCACCUUUUGAUGGUCUGGGAGCUGGAUCAUGUGGAAAAUUAAUUGAAAUAAGUGGUCGGGUCGUGGAAAUAACGGAUUCCUCGUACCAAAUUGAGUGGCUGCUGUUUUUAUGCAGCCGCUGUUUGAAAUUCGAAAUCGUAAAACAGCCAGAUGGGGUCCGUACAUUUCCGAAGAGAUGUAGAAAUUGCGGCAAGCGUAAAUUUAAGCCACGGAAAGACUCUCUCUAUACUAAAUCAUCAGCUCUACGGGGUAUUAAGCUGCGAUAUUUAGAUCCAAUUGAUGAUAAUUGUCACAAGACAAUGAAAGUUAAAUUAUUGGGUGAUUUAGUUGAUUCUUGUUCACUUUAUGACAAUGUUACAAUUGUGGGAAUACUGAAAACCUCUUCUGCAAAAGCUAGAAGAGAUAUUGCUGCUGCAGAAUCACUUUAUCUGGAGGCGGUAUCAGUUAUCAAAAUCCCGGAGAGUGAUCAGCUGGCGGUGAUAGAUUUGAAUGAUGAUGAUUAUGAAGAAAUUGAAAGAAUUCAUGCAGAACCUGAUAUAUUUUCAAAACUAGUUAGAUCAUUCUGCCCGAAAAUUUAUGGAGACGAAGUGGCAAAAGCUGGAUUACUGCUGAGUUUAUUUGGCGGGAGUUCAAAUAAUGAAUUGAAAGAUAAUAUACAUGUAUUAGUUGUCGGUGAUUCGGGUGUUGGUAAAUCAGAGCUGCUUAAAAUGUGCGCAGAAAUGGCUCCCAAAAGUGUUUAUGUUAAUGUUGACCGCAGUAUGUUAUUAGGAUUGAAUGUUAAGUCAGCGAGAAAGAAAGGAAAGGAUCCGAUUAUUGAAUCAGGAGCAAUCGUGCAAGCAGAUGGAGGCUACUGUGUGAUGGAUGAAUUUGAAAAAUUAACAAAGAAACAAUAUAAUGAUAUAUUUGACGCGAUUGAACAUAACAAUUUGUCUGUACAUAGAUCGGGAAUCGAUUGCUCGGUUGCUGUAAAAACUUCAAUUGUUGCUGCGGUUCGUCCUAUUGGCGGCAGAUAUAAUUAUAAAAAAAGUUUUUAUAAAAAUAUUUGUAUUAAUAAGGAACUUUUAUCGAGAUUCGAUAUAAUAUUUAUGUUAUUGGAUCAACCAGAUCCUAGGCUCAAUGCUUCAAAGGCGGAACACAUUAUAAAUAAUCGUAAAAGAUUACGAAAUCAGCGGGAUGAAGUAAAAGAUGCUGGUGAAACAUCUGUUGUAAAUAAAAAUAGUUUUACACUUGAAGAAAGCCCGGUUAUAAAUCACACAAAUGAGGAAUUGAUACCUAAAGUUUUAUUUAAGAAGUAUAUUUUAUAUGCUAGGCAGAUUAAUACAAAUUUGUCGGAAGCUUCUGCCACGAUAUUGAAAAAUUAUUUCGUCGAGUUUAAGCAUAGAAAUUUUUAUAAUGAAUUAUUUGUUUCCAAUCAGCUUUUCGAGAGCUUGAUACGUCUGACCCAAGCGCGAGCGAAGUCUGAACUUCGCGAGGAGACCAACGAAAAAGAUGCUCAGGAAGUUAUAAAAAUUCACAAAUUUACAAUGGACUGUUUGAAAAAAGUUAUUUUAGAAUCACACCCGAAAAUUCGUUAUAAAAAAUCAGCAAGUGAAGACAUUAGAUUGUACUUCAAAGAAGAAGAUCAACAAAUAGUUGUCGUAAAAAAAGAGUUAAUAUCAUAAUUAAUUACCGAUUAUUUCUACAAA